CUUAAACGAUAUUAUUAUUAUUCUAAAAUUACUAAAAUGAUAUUGAAGUAAGUGCAAAAUCUUCUUGUACAUAACAAACAGAUGUACAACACUGACCACGAGGCAUGUCUUAUUUAUUCAACCAAUGUUUACAAUCUUUCUUAUUUGUUAAUUAAAUCAAUGUUUACAAGAUUUCUUAUUUGUUAAUCAAAUCAAUGUUUACGAGCUUUCUUAUAAUGAUUUAUUAAUCAAAUCAAUGUUUACAAGAGAUUUCUUAUCAAUUAAAUCAAUGUUUACAAGCUUUUUUUUUUAUUAAAUCAAUGUUUACAAGCUUUCUUAUUUAUUAAUUAAAUCUAUGUUUACAAGCCUUCUUAUUUAUCAAUUAAAUCAAUGUCAUAUGUUUGUGUCUGUUGUGUCUUUGUUUAGAUGCAGCCUUAUAUACAUUUUAUGUACUUCAACGCGAGUCGAAACCAUUUAAAACACUUAAUAAUUCUGGUCAAAACAUCAAAUGAAUUGCAGAUUUUAGCUUAUUUAAGUAGUAGAAUUGUUAGAGGAAAAAAUAAACAUUUUUUUCCUUUUAUUAAUUCAUUUAUUUAAUUUUUAUUUUUUUAUAAAAAAAGGUUGAAACUUCUUAUGUUAUGAAUGAUUAUAAUUUAGUUUCAGAAAGCUUUUUUUAAAGUUUUAUGUAACUUUGAUAUAUGUUUAUGCCUUUUAAACAUUUAUGUUAAAAGGUAAUUAUAUUAACAUGUAAUCAAGACUCGAAAAUUCCCAGAUAUAUAUGAUAAUAUGGCCUGUUGUUUUAAAAAAAACAUAAGACAGAUAUUAUUAUUUAAUGGAAUCACCUUUUUAUGACUAGAAUCACUCUUAUAUGGUUGAAUAGGUUUUCCCGUUUUGAUUCUUUUCCUUGCUUUUUUGUUUUGAUACGCAAGAAAGAGUCUCAGGCUUACAAAGUUUUUGCUAAUAUGAACCGACGGAAGGAAACUGAAAUUACUUCCAGAAAGAGCGAUGUAAAAAAAGCUUGUGAUAGAAGUCUAGGUCACACUGAGUCAUCCAAGAUCAUUAUUUAAGAAUACAUCAAAGUGAGAAUACUUUGUAAUUACUGUGCCUUUGCUAUAUCUGCCUGUAUAUUAAAAAUAAGAACGCGCAUCGUAUGUAUCUUUUUUUAUUAAACUUUGACGCAUCGUUAGUUUUACCAGCACUUUUGUUUUUCAAUGGUAGCCCGGGGUUUUAUGAUAUCACGGUACUUAACGAUUAUUGGAAAAUAUUCAAAUAUAAAUAUCAUACAUGAAUAAGAUUUUCCUUCUAUUUAAUCAGUGGACCUUUUCCAAAACUGCUUGUCAAAAAAUUAUUUAAAAAAAAAUCCAAUUGACAUUUCUUAAACUAUUUCCAAUGUCUGCCAUUAUGGGUUAUUUCAGAGGAGUUUACUACGGUAUCACGGUAGUCCCCAAAAAUGCAAGUAUGGAAGGAUAGAUGGGUCAAAAUCUUCUAGUUAUGUUGUGAAAAACUUCCAACAGUUAACUUGCUAUAAAAUUCAAACUAUAUGAAGAGAUGAUAUGUCAGUUUAUGUGAUUAUAACAUAUCUAUAUUGACUGUGUAAAAACAUUUAAGGAAAAUAGUGAUAUAGAGUUCGGAAUUGAGGGAUAUGCUAACAAAACGGAUGUAACUGUGAUUGAAUACGAUACAAAUGUACGACUUAUUUGUAAAUUUAUUAAUUUCAAUACCACGUCAGUUCAAAUCUUAUUCAACAAUGUCCUUCUAAACGAGCAAAAAAAUUCUAACAUUCUAUACUUUACACGUGAGAGUGUAACGUGUUUUGACGCUGGUGUAUAUACAUGCAAAGACAAAAGUAAAGAAGAAGCCGCGAUUCGUUUAUUUGUCAAAUGUGCACCUCGUCCUCUGCAGAAUGUUGGUAGAAAUAUAACAAGUUCAAUGUAUGUUCCCGUAACACUUAGCUUCACAACACUAGCGUACCCUGAACCUGGUCCUAAAGGAUUCUUGUGGCACAAGGAAGAUGGGAUCGAUUGGAUACCUUUGUUAAGUAAUUCAGAUCUUCAGAUAUCUUCUUCAGGCCUUCAUUCAAACAUUACUAUAUUUAACGUGUCGCUGUGGGAUUAUGGAACAUAUCGAUUAACUGUUACAAAUGAAGUUGGAAUUUACAAGCAAAUGAUACGCCUUAUUAAGAAAGACUCUACACAGAAAGAACUUGUGAAAAAAAGUGAUACCGAAGGUGAUGCAUACAACAGCUGGAUGAUAGUUGGUAUUGUUUUUGGUUUCCUCACCAUAGCGAUCGGAUUCUACGCAACCGGUAUUACCUUUUUGUGGAAAAAAGCUGUAUCGAAAGGUGCGAGGGAGCCAACGGGAGAAUCAACAGCACAAACAACGUAUGUGAACACAGACGUUGCCGCACAGCAUGUAGAAGUUAACAGCACACAGGAUCAACACAUCACCGAAGCUGAGUCUGUGAAUCUAUACACAGACCUAGCUCAUUAUUCUAAGGAUGAUAAAUCGACAUAUGAAGUUCUUAAAGGAAACUGAUAUAACAAUUAAUAACAAACUCGUGAUCUAAAUUGUACAAAAUUCAAGAUAAUAUAUUUGUUAUAAACAAUGCAUUUGAAAAAUUGUCCUUUAUUAGAUUGACUGGUGAACUUUUAGGCUCUUUUCAUAGAAAUCAGAACAGGUAGACCCCAUUAGGUCUCUUAAGACAGGUCGGACUGUAUUAUUAACUGUAAAGUAAAUUCUAAUUUUAAUUGUAAUUUACUGUUUGUGUAUCAUUUCCAGCAUUCCCAGACUGAUAUAGUGGUAUAUAUCAGAAUCACAAAGUCCACAUUUAGUAAAAUGCAUCAAGCACAAGAAAAAAAAUUGUAUGUGUCUUUUUACCCUUAAGCUUCUGAAAUGGGCCAUUGCGUUUGCUUAUCUUGGAAUUUGGAACAUUCCAUUCAAAGUUUAAGAGGUUUCGAUACAAGAAUAUCAAAAGUGCGCAGCCAACAGUAUAAAACCUGGUCAUUCUGGACGAAACAAAGGAUAAUCGUUUUUUUUUUGUUGUUGUUG